ACACGCUACUUACUAUGACUAUCAGUGCAUCCCAAAUCCUACGCCCCAAAUCACUUCCCUCUCUCUCACCACUCUUUUCUUCUCAUUUCUUGGUUGGUUGUGGCCUGCAGCCUGUGGGUUCUAAAUUCUUGCAUUUUCUGAUUUCCAUUCCAUGUGAAGCAGAUUCCUGAACUAUUUCUCUUUUUGGGAUAUCUCUGUUUCUCUACAUAAGACACAGAUCAUAGAGCGUUCGAAGCACGCCCAUCAACACAAAGAAGAAAAAGAAGCAGACGGAAGGGCAAAAGAUUACGCUUCCUCUUUGUCAACAAUGGGAAGGAAUCUUAGCCCAAUACUACGGCGAGAGUUGGCAAAUCUUGACAAAGACGCUGACAGUCGUAAAUCAGCAAUGAAAACACUGAAAUCCUAUGUGAAAGAUUUGGACUCCAAGACAAUUCCACUUUUUCUUGCCCAAGUUUCCGAAAACAAGGGAACUGGUUCUUUGUCUGGGGAGUGCACAAUUUCGCUGUAUGAAGUUCUUGCCCGUGUUCACGGUGUCAAAAUUGUUCCUUUGAUAGACAGCAUCAUGUCAUGCAUAAUCUCGACCUUAGCUUCGAGUGCAGGAUCUUUUCCUCUUCAACAGGCUUGUUCGAAGGUGGUUCCGGCCAUUGCACGAUAUGGGAUCGACCCAACUACCCCAGAAGACAAGAGGAGGCAUAUAAUACAUUCUCUCUGUAGGCCUCUUUCUGAUUCUCUCUUGGGUUCUCAAGAGUGCCUGACUUCGGGGGCUGCCCUUUGCUUAAAGGCUCUUGUGGAUUCGGAUAAUUGGAGGUUUGCUUCAGAUGAUAUGGUUAAUAAGGUUUGUCAAAAUGUCGCUGGUGCUUUAGAAGAGAAGUCCACUCAGACCAAUUCACAUAUGGGUCUGGUGAUGGCUUUGGCAAAGCGUAAUGGUUUAAUUGUUGAAGCAUAUGCAAGACUGUUAAUACAGUCUGGUUUGCAGAUAUUGACUGCUGGGGUUGCUGAGGGGAAUUCCCAGAAACGGUUGUUAGCUAUACAAAUGGUGAAUUUCCUGAUGAGGAGUUUGGAUGCCAGGAGCAUAUUCUCUGAGCUUGAGUUGAUUAUUCAGGAGAUGGAGAAUUGCCAAUCUGAUAGGAUGGCUUAUGUCAGAGGUGCUGCUUUUGAAGCUCUGCAAACUGCAAGGAGAAUAGCUGGCAUGAAGGGGUCAAAUGUUGAGAAUGGUCCCGAUUCAAUCAAUGGAUCAAAUUUUAUUCGGAGAGAGCGUAGUAGAAGGGAUUUAUGGAGAGCUGGUGAUAGAUCUCCUUCAUCUGUGUCGCCUGAAUCACAGACUCUCGAUUCCUUCCUUGGAUAUGAGUCAUUAGUUGAGUCGCCCAUUUCAAUGACGCAGGUUUCUCAGAAUUCGGAGUAUGAUCAGAGAAGUGUGAACAGGAAGCUUUGGAGUUUUGAGAAUGGAGGGGUUGAUGUGUCUCUCAAGGAUGGUUUGUUCUCAGAGGCUGUUCGUGGAAGUCCCAUGUCUAAUACACACACUGGGAAUGAUGAAUUUGCUUGUAAUGGAGGACAUUACACACAGGAAUUUGCAGGGUUCUUGCACAGAAAUCCUAGGAAUGGAAUUUCAAAAAGCACUACAACUAGUCCCCUGAGGUCGCGCACUCAGAUUAAUGUUGACAACGUCAAGAUCUUUAGGACUCCGAGGAAGCUCAUUUGCUCUCUGCAGGAUCCAAAUGAUAGUAACUCGGACUUUUCUGUGAAACAAGCUAGAAGAUUCAGAAGUCUAUCCUCGAGCAAUAUUGAGUGGAGCCCGACUGCCAAAUAUGACCAAAAUGGUUGUUCACAUGAUAUGAACUGCAAUGGCAAAGAAAAUGGAAGCAUAUAUGCCAAUGGUGAGGAGUUCCAAGGUGGCCCUGAAUCAGUUUCAUCAACCGAUGACAUUCUUACUGAUGCUGAUUUGCAUGUGCCCCAAGAAGCGGUUCCCGAAGAUAAAACUGAAGCUCAGAGGGUCAGCCUUCAAAAGCCUCGUCAAAAGACUACUUCAAAAUUUGUUUGUGGCCUCUUUUUUGUUUUGUUGGCAGUAUUUACUCCACUACUUUGGAUCAAUGACCAGGAUGAAGGCUACUAUCUCGUUCCAACUUAAUGUGCUCCUUAUCAUGUUCAUGUGAUAAUAGUAAAUCAGGGCUAUGACUGAUGGUGAAAAUCUUUUUCAAAGUCUGAUUUUUUUACUGGAGGAUUCUAUGCAAGUUCUGUAACAAUAUGUUUUAAGUAUUCAAUCAUCCAAAUCUUUUAGUGUUGUGUUCUUGA